AUGGUACUCAAAACUCACCUCUCAGUUCUCCAGGAGACUGCACGUCUUCACUCGGAUGCUUCUGUCUUCAUGAUCCCUGUAGCUGCCACCAACGGCACUGAGCUACGAGAAUGGCAGUCGAUAACCUAUCGCCAGUUUAUCAUGGACAUUGAACACUGCGCGCAGUACUGGACACGGAUGUUCCAGGACAAUUUGCCACAACAUUCCGUCAUCGGACUAUGGCUCGGUGGACUCACCUACAUUGAUGCGGUGCACAUUUACGGCAUAGCAUGGGCAGGCUACAUCCCACAGUUGUUCUCCCUACGCUUGCCAAAUCCAGAGGUCAUAUACCACUUGAUGCACCGGACAGGUGCUCAGGCGCUGAUUGUUGAUGCAUCGUUUGCGCCGAUCGUGUUUAAAUCUCCUGUACCAUUUCAUGUCGCCGCCGAUCGCCGCUCUAUGGCUGUCGACAAGGUAUCAUUACCUCCCAUGUAUCAGCCCACGAGCGCCGAUGAGACAGCCAUGAUCUUCCACACGUCUGGAUCGACAUCUGGGUCCCCAAAGCUUGUUCCAUGCAGCUACAAAUGGCUCGAUGCUGUUGUUUCGAAGGCAUGGCACGUCAGCAUACCAAAGCAUUCUCACAAGCAGGAUAUCACCGUUUGGAUGGGCAGCAUGUGUCACAUCGGACAGACGUUCAUGUUGAUCGGUUCCCUGCUGCACGGCGCGUGCGUGAUUCAGCCCACCACAAUUUCAUUCUCGUCCCAAGAAUUGGUCGACAUGAUACAGCGCUGUGGGCUUAACCGUCUCAACCAAUUUGCCUCAUUCCUGGCGAUGCAUCUGCGUGCUUCGAGGCAAGACACAAAGGUGUUGGCAUUGUUACAGGGUCUUGACGAGGUCCUCUACACUGGCUUACCGCUUUCCCGGGAGGAGGAGGAUUGGGCAAAUCGCAAUGGCAUCCAGUUGAAGAAUCUAUUUGGUAGCACAGAGUGCGGCGCUAUGUUGCUGUCCAUCGGAGGCAGGCAUGGCUACAAAUCAUCCUUCCUCAGACCCAUUGAGGGGACAUCUUACGGCUUCUUUCCCAUUUCGCCUGCGUCAGAGGAGUCUGAUGGGGAUUACCAGGACGUGAACGGACAACUUCUGGAACUCGUCAUUCUCUCCGUUUCCGGGGAUUGCCCCGACGGUUCACUCCGUCAAAUGGACGGCCACUAUCACACUGGAGACUUGUUCCAGGAGAUCGAGCCAGGUCAUUACAUCUCCCGGGGUCGUGACGACGACUGGAUAAAGAGCGAAAAUGCUCUGCGCUGUGACACGAAGGCAAUAGAGGAUAACGUGCGCAUGACGUGUGCUGAUCUCGUCGCGGAAUGUGUCGUGGUCGGGAACGGGCGCCCAUCUCCUACGCUUUUUGUGGAGCCAAGGGGAGAGAUGGAUGGGGAGAAGUUGAGAAAGCAGAUCGUUCGGCGCACACGCCAUUUCCACUCGCGCCGAUAUCUCCACGAGAGAAUCGCAUCGGAGAAGUUCAUUGUCGUGGUUCCACCCAACGCUCUGCCGCGUACAGCUACGAAGGGGAAUAUUCGUAGACGCGCUGUAGAGGAAGUAUAUAGGACAGAACUAGACCGCAUAUACGGUUGA